GGUACCUUGAGGUUGACUCGGCGUAGGGCUUUAUAUGGCGAUGGAGGAGAAACUAGGGCGUCGUCACAAGAUGCGGUGGUUAAUGUGCAAGGUUCUGAGAUUACAGUGGAUGAUGGAGCAGCUGGAAGGGCGAAAUUGGUAGAAAAGUUGGCAGGUUUUAAGGACAACGACAGUGGGGAAGAGCAAGAUGAUUGGAAUAUGAGUGACAUCGAUGGCUUGUUUUGUCCAAUUUGUAUGGAGGCUUGGUCUAGCGGUGGUAACCAUCAAAUCUGUUGUCUGCCUUGUGGGCACAUAUAUGGAAUGUCUUGUAUAAAGAAAUGGUUGGAACGAAGAAAAAGUUCAGAAAAGUGUCCUCAAUGCAAUAAGAAAUGCAAAAUGAAGGACGUCCGGCUGCUUUAUGCAUCUCAACUUCAUGCGGUGGAUGAAAAACUACAAAAGAAAAUUCAAUCACUUGAAGCUAAGUGUGCUUCAUUGGAGAAAAAGUGUUCGGAUUGGUGUAAAAAAGAAGUUGAGUGGCAUCGAACAGAAGCUGAUUUACAAAUGCAAGUUUGCCGAUUAAAAGAGGCACGUUUCUUGACUACUCUGAUUGGCGUAAAUAUUUGAGUUAUUUGGGUUCUGAGUGAUUUAUUUCCAGUGUGUGUACAAGUCCUUUCAUCUCCAAACUCAUUUUGUGAGGAAAAAUAAUAUGGAUGGUUUGUCUAGAGAAAUGCAAACAUCAGAACUGUACACUUCAGGUAGUAGUUGCAACCAUGGUUGGCAUGGCUAUUGCAAUCACUUUUGCUUGAAGAAAGAGAUGAAGAUUGAAGGUGCUCGCUUUUUUGACAUUGAUGUUUCCAGUCAAAUCCUCAUCAUUGCAAGAAGGCUAUCUGGAAUUGGGGGAGUACAUGUUCUUACAAAAAUGAGCUUGUUUUCUCAACAUGAAAAACAAGAUAUUGAACUUCCCCUGAACACAAAAGCGAUCAAAGACAUUCACAUAUCACCAUAUGACAGGCUUGUGCUUCUGGCUUCUUUGGGGAAGAAACUAUCAGUUCUUAGUACGGAAAGCAACAAUACAAUAUUAACAUAUGAUUUACCGGCUGCUGCUUGGUCUUGCUGUUGGGAUGCUAACAAUCCAUACUACAUAUAUGCUGGUUUACAGAAUGGGAUGAUUAUGGAGUUUGAUAGGCGUCAAACUAUGAGAUCAGUGGAGUGCAUCGAAGGGUUAGCAGUCAAACCUAUUCAUACUAUGCACUCUGUUUUAAAUAGUCCAGAACGUGGUUCUGGUUCAAGAAGAAGCAUAUUGAGUGCAUCUUCAGUUGGACUGUGUCACUGGAACUUUGGUUGCAAUGGGCAAAGGCCAAGUCUAAUUCCUCAAUCAGAGAAUCAAGGAGUGUGUAUUUCUCUUGCUUAUGCAUCAAGAACUAGUAACAUUGUUGCUUCAUUUCGUCCUAAAGUGGAGGUAUCAGGCAACACGGUAGUCGCUUCUCAAACAACGCUUUCCCCUUCUUCUGCCCAUACUGACGUGGCUGUACAAGGCUCUCAUGUUGUGUAUAGUAUAGAAAGCAGCGGUUAUCACAAGGUGGGUACUUCUUUUGCCAAUGUCAGCAGUCUCCGUUUCCCAAAAUCUACCAUAAUAGAAAGAGACAAUCUAAACAAGGCUUUGUUUGCCUGUGGUGACGAAGCGUCGUGUGAACUGGUACUUCAAGAGUUGCCUUCUCUGAAUGAUGUUCUGCGUGUCCAAGCUCUUAGAGAUCCAGUUCGCGAUGUGAAGUAUACGCAUGCCACGGGUUCAGGACUGCUGAGUUGUUUGCGCCAGGAUACUCUGCAGUUUUUUUCUGCCAAGGGUUCAUGAAGAAAAAUAGGUUGCUAGAUUCUACUAGAUUGAUCACUCUAGUCUUCAUCUUACAGCUGUACAGAUGACUUGGGUUUAUAUCUGCUACUCAAUUUCUUCUGCCUAAGCAGCGUGUAUUUAACAUUUCUAGAUUGUUGAUUAUUAAGUAGCAUAAUCUUAUGAAUAAAGAUGUGAUUAUGAAUGAUUCAGAAAAUUGCAAAAUGAUCUCUAUGUUACCCUUACUUUAUCG